AUGCUAGUUUCACGGCCGCUUGCUUCUCGAAGGCGUCAUCAGAAGCGAAACGGAAUCCCUUCAAUAGCAGAAGCCCCUAGUAUUGGGAUAAAUGAGCCGAACGAUCCUGGACGUAGUCGAAAGAGAGGCAGGAGACCUUCGACGUUGCUUUUAUCCAAUGGCGAGAAGGAAGUUGAUACUGAGGGUGUGGAGCUUGUGGAGAGGGAUUGGAGUGGCUUAGAUGACCGGCGAAAUCAAAAGCGACCUCGCACUGAUGAGGACUCUUCAGGUGUUCUGCAUCGAUUAGCUUCAGAUUACUUCAUCCUAGCAACCAUGAAGAAGGAACCCCAAAACUUGUUAUGCGGGAAUGAGGAUACUGCAGUUGAAGUGAAAGAAAAGAAUGAUCUAUUUGGUCCAGGUCUUCGUGCGUGUAAACUCGAAACCGAGGCCUCUUCAAAGACAGAAUUACCUGAAAACCUUGCCACAGUAGGGAAAAAGGAGGAUUUCAACCAAGAAGACGAUGAUGAGGAUGAAGAAGAUGAAGGUAAGGAAGGAAAUAUUGAAGAAUACGAUGCCGACGAAGCUUCUGAACAGCUGAUGGAGGACGCAAGCGGAUUGCCACCUCUGUCGCCUAGUAAUUUCUCUCCCGUGGAAACAUCAGAAGAUGAGCCAGAGGUCGAACUAUCUGUCGAUAAUACAGUAAUGAAAACAACUCGUGGUCCGAAGGCGGGUAAGCUUCAGGCUAGUUUUAACACAUUUAGAAUAUUGCUCCAGAACUUCUUUGCUAAUUUUCCUUCUGCGCAAUUUUUCUCCUCUUCAACAUUUUCUGUCAUACAAACGAAUUGGUGA